CGGUGCUCUCACUAGGGAGAGGGAUUAAAGUGCCUGCUAUCACUUGUCCCAGGGCACCCGAUGCCAGUGGCAGUGGGGGAUCAGUGCCUACGGCUCUAUGGGGCCAGGGCUGAGUGGGGACUUGAGAGGUGCUCGGAAGCAGUGAGGACACGAAGUGCCCGACCUGAUGUCAUUUCCACCCCGGCUGGGCUGCGUCUGAGAUAUGUCACGGGGAGUGGGAGGAGGAGGAGGGGGAGCCAGCGAGUGCGCGCCGUGCCCCAGGACCCUGUUUACUUUGCAUUCCCGGCCGAGGAAGCCCUGGUUUAAAUAGGAUCGGAGGCGCGGGCUGCCCACAGCUGAGGAGGAAAUGCUUGCUGCGGGGCUUUAAAUUCCUGCGUUCCCAUGUGCGGGUGCAGAGGAUGAGCCUGCAGAAUGCCUUUCCUCUUGGGUCUCAGACAGGACAAGGAAACCUGCAUGGGUGUCAACAAUCAAAGUUACAUAUGUGAAACGGGCCACUGUUGUGGACAGUCCCAGUGUUGCAACUACUACUAUGAACUCUGGUGGUUUUGGCUGGUGUGGACCAUCAUCAUCAUCCUCAGCUGCUGUUGUGUUUGCCACCACCGCCGCACUAAGCACCGUCUGCAGGCCCAGCAGAGGCAGCAUGAGAUCAACUUGAUUGCUUACCGGGAAGCCCACAACUAUUCAGCCCUGCCGUUUUAUUUCCGGUUUCUGCCAAAUUAUUUACUACCUCCCUAUGAGGAAGUGGUGAACAGACCGCCGACCCCCCCGCCGCCAUACAGUGCCUUACAUCAGCAGUGUGUCCCAGCAGGCAGCAGUAGCACAAUCCCAGACACGCCGAGAAACCUGCAGCCAGCACAGAGCAGCUUGGCAGCACCCAGCGGCAAUAACAGCAGUACUGACAGCACCGGGUCCCCUGGCCUCGGAGACCCUGAGCCUUCCAGCGCCGUGCUGGUCGAGCGAGCAGUAGCCAAAAUGCAGAGUGUGGAGCCUGGAGGCACCAGCACGGGAGCCGAGCUAGUGGAGAGAACCGGUCCCGAAAAGGAUACGGAGUGCAAGGAGGAACUGCUGAAAGGUUACAGCACGGAGAGCUUAGAGCAGAGCGGCGCCAUUCCCGACGCCAAGGACAAGACGCCGGGCAGGCAGCGCCGCUUCACGGGCGACUCAGGCAUCGAAGUCUGCGUAUGCAACCGGGGCCAUCACGACGAUGACCUCAAGGAGUUGGAUGGGCUCAUCAAUGACGCUCUGGAUGGGCCCAUGGACUUCUGUGACAGCUGCAGCGGCCGCCCGCACGGCGAUGAGGAGGAAGGGCUUUUUAAUGCCACGGAGGAGCAGCACCGCGAACACAGCCACCACCACCUGCCCCGGCAGCCGGUGUGUGUACUCUUGAACACAAUAAAUGAGCAGGACUCUCCAAACUCCCGCACCAACAGCUCCCCCAGCUAAGGAGGCAGAGCGGGAAGGAGAACCAGGGGAAAACGAGGAAAACAGUGAAACACGCAGACAGAAACUUUGAAAGGAGAAAAAGGUGAUAUGACCUUUUUUGUUCUUGGUUUGUUUGUUUUCUUUUUUCCCCCCUCCAGUGUAAGUCGGGGACUCGUCCCGAAGGCCCGGCUUGUGGGGGACGGGCUGCUCUGGGUUUCGUUAAUCACGUCCGUUCUGCUCCACAGGGCAGGGACUGUUGUUUGUCGAUGAGACCUUCUCACAAAUGGAACUUUCCCACUGGUGAUUUUGGUGAUGGUUAUUAUGAGUUUGUUGGUAUUAGUUUUCCAGAACACUGCUUUAUCUCGCAAUCAGUAAAGCUCAGCAAAUCUCACCCUGGGAGGAUACAAAAUCACCAUGACGCUUCAACCUCCAGGUGUCUUCCCAGAAGCAGCAGCUUCUGACAGUGCCGGCAGUCAGUAGCCCAAGAGUUCUGGUCUGAUCGAGUGCUCUUGAGGCAUUGGGGGUUUCGUUUCUUUUUCACUUUUAGGGUUUGUUGGUGGUUUCUGUUUGUUUGUUAUUUUCUUUCGGUGUUGAACUUUCCCAAAGCUGAUGAAUGCCUCAACACAUCAGCCCCGUAAUCUCUGGUGCUUCAGUGUUUAAAGACAGCAGGUAGGAAAUAUCCCACUUGAAGCUGGUGGCAGAGAGACCAGUUUCUUCCAGGAGUGCCGGGUCUACCACAAGCAGUCUGCAAGGAGAGCUGUUCCACAAAUUUGCCUUUCUGUGUAAUUUCCAACAAGUGUAUUUCUUCAAUGCCUCCAAGAGCACAGCUAGAAGUAGAAUCAAGGCAGCUGGGCUGCCUUCCAAGUACUGUGGUCUCCGAAUGACCUUUUCCCGGUGUGCUGCAAAAGGGCUUGGCUUUAUUUUUUUCCCUUAUUUUCGCACCCUGAGGGCAGCACACUCAGUGAAGGUGACAAAAAUAAAACAGAACAGGGCUCUCUUUGGCCAGUGUGCCUUCAAGCUUCAGCGAUGCGUGUUGAACAAAUGGAGACGAGAGCUCCGUCCGUUGCGAAGGGGUGACUUACCGUGUAGAUGUGGAACACCUGUGCAGUAUUUCUUUUGUUUUCGGAUCCAGAAGUUUGGUGCGAUUCUGAUGUUGACCACUUCAAGAAAAUGAAUGUCUGUUUUCUUUUAUUAUUAUUAUUUUUUUUUAAUAGUGGCAACUGGCUACUGUAUCAUGUCUGUGAGCGUGUGUGUGUGACUGCAAUCCAUGCAUGCGAGUCCUACUGGUAAUAUGAAAACCUGCUGUAAGACUGCAAGAAAAUUUACUGUAGCUUUGCUUUAAUAAACGGUAGAGAUUUUGUUAGUGACAACCUGAAGGGAAAAACAAAACGAGCUGAAAACUAACAUUCCCUGGUGUGCUCGUGUGGAAGAGAGCACAAUUCAGACUGUGUAUCUUGUUCUCGGGUUAUCUCCCCAUCCCUUUUAUAAUUAUGGUCGUCUGGAUCAUUGCUAUUGUGGGGAAAGAAAUUGAAAACUGAACUCAGUCGUAUUCAGAUUUGAUUGAUUGAAAACCAAAAUCAGUUUCAAAUAAGGUGGAAACCAAAAUAUAAUGCCUUUUCUGAUAACCUG